AUGGGAGGAUUUUUGUCUCAUUUGGCACCAGAGCACAAUUCGGAUAUUCUAAAAGCCACUUGCGGUCCUAUUCGCGGAAAUGUGUAUAAACAUAAGGAUGUACUAGUUGAUGGAUACCUUGGAAUUCCAUUUGCCAAGCCGGAAAAUUAAGAUUCAAAAAACCAGUCCCAGCUGAUAUCUGGACAGAGCCAAAAGAUUGUUACAAGUAUGGCCCAGUGUGUGUUCAAACGUUUUCUUUUGGAGGACUAACUAUUCCUCGUGAAACGUCUCCUGAGGAAGCUGGAUGUUUGACAUUGAACGUAUUUUCUCCCAGGCAGCCAUCGUUAGAAUUUAAAACUGGAGGAAGACCAGUUAUGGUUUUCAUUCAUGGAGGUGGCUUCGAAUUUGGCGGUUCUGCUGAUUAUUGCGAUUAUUCACUUUCUGGAACCCUUCCCCUUAAAGAUGUCGUGGUAGUUUCUAUUAACUACCGCCUCGGUGUAUUUGGAUUCCUUACCACUGGAGACAGUGUUUGCAAUGGAAAUUUCGGUCUUUGGGAUCAGACUUUGGCUCUUAAAUGGGUUCAAAAACAUAUUUCUUCAUUUGGAGGAGAUCCGAAUUGUGUGACAGUUUUUGGACAAAGUGCAGGAGGAGCAAGUACGGACUUACUAUCACUGAGCCCACAUUCCAGAGAUUUGUUCCAAAGAUUCAUUCCAAUAUCUGGCUCUGCUUACUGCGAAUUCGCUCUCAGAACAUCUAAAAGUCAAGCCAAAAUCUUCCGGGAAUUUGCAGAGUUCAAGGGAUUCACCGGCGGAGAUUCAACUACACUUUUAGAAUGGUAUAAAAAUCAGUCAUCGGAAACUCUCUCUGAUCUAAGAAAGGAAGCUCCAAAGAAGCAAAUGAUGACUGGAGUUGAUGAGUAUGAAGGUGUGAUAGCAUCAAUGAACCCAGAAUUUUCUCCUGCUGACGCCGGAUUGGCAUUGUUUCCUAAAGGAGUAUAUGGGAACGAUACUGCUGAAAAUCCAGAAGAAAUGCAUAAAUUAUUCUAUGAAAAAUAUGUGGAGGGAGUUGACAAAUCUGACGAUUCAGCAAUGAAAAAGAGACUUUGCGAAGCUUUUGGAGAUCUUGGAUUCAAUCUUGGAGUGUUCCAGUCAGCCAAGAGUUCAGCUAAAUAUGGGAAUGAUGUGUUCUUGUAUUCAUUUGAAUAUUAUCAUUCAGAUGGUUUUGGGAUGUGGAAAGAUCUUCUGCCAUUCGAAGCUUCUAUGCAUGGAACAGAGCUCCGUUAUUUGCUCGGCGAAGGAUUCUACAGCAAAUUUGAUGCAACGAAGGAGGAACUGGAGGUUCUUGAAAAAACAACCACACUUUUUUCAAAUUUUGCUAAAUACGGAAAUCCGAAUGGAACGGGAGUUACGGAUGAAAUUUGGGAGAAGUUUAACUUGAACAACCCAGAAAGACAUUUUCGAAUUUCGUAUCCAAAAUGUGAAAUGAGAGAUAUUUUUAGUGGUGGGAGAAUGCCGUUUUUGGAGAAGCUCGAAGAAAAAAGCUUGAAGACCCAGGAGCUGGUGUAUGGUACAAAGAAAUUUACAAAUAAUUGA